GGAUAAAGGUGCAGUAGCCGAGUAUCUUCCCCGUUCCCCCUGCGUAAAAGAAAAUCUCCCGUCUCGUCGUCUCCUCCGCUCCCUGCGGCAAGACGAGCCGCGGCUGAACAGGGGAGGGGCGCCGAUCUCCAUCCAGCGAGCAGAGCAGCGGAGGGGAUCCUGUCUAGAUCUGUGGUGGGAGAAGCUCUUCUCUUAAUUUCAGAGUAUACAAGUAACAGUUUGUUGUUUGUUCCCCCCAAAAAAGUUUGGGGGGGUUCAACUGAACCCACCCUCCAUGUCCCAAGUUGGAUCCGCCCCUGCAAUCUUUGCUCCUGCUCAGGACCAACUGGUUGCUGAUCGAUUGCGGAAGUGAGGAUGGACGUGGAGCUGAAUUCCCGUGCGCUGAUGGAUGAAGCUCUCAAAGCAAGGGAUGCGGCUGAGAGGAAGUUCCACGCGCGUGAUGUCAAGGGUGCACGGAGGUCCGCAAUCAAGGCGCAGAACCUGUGCCCGUCGCUUGACGGCAUUUCCCAGAUGGUCUCGACGCUUGAGGUUCUGCUUGCUUCCGAAUCGAAGGUUGACGGCGAGAACGAUUGGUACCGGAUCCUGUCUCUCAGUGCCUCUGCUGAUGAGGAGGAGGUGAAGAAACAGUACAGAAAGCUAGCACUCCAGCUGCACCCUGACAAGAACAAGUCGGUUGGUGCCGAGGGGGCCUUUAAGCUUAUCUCGGAGGCUUGGGCCGUGUUGUCUGAUAAGAGCAGGAAGAUGCAAUAUGAUCAGAAGAGAAAGGAUCAUCCUGUCACUAAUGGGGCCAAUGGUUUGUAUACUUAUGAUAAGAAAGCUCACAAGCGGGCUAGAAAGAAUGCUGCGGCUUCUGCGGCCGCAGCAGCUGCAGCUGCUGCUGCAGCAGCAGAGGCUACUACACGUCCUGUGGGACUUGAUACAUUUUGGACAUCAUGCAAUCGCUGUCGGAUGCAGUAUGAGUACUUGAGAAUUUACCUGAAUCACAACCUUCUGUGCCCAAACUGUCACCAUGCAUUUAUGGCUGUGGAGACUGGAUAUCCUUGCAAUGGAACCAGUUCCUCGUUCUCCUGGUCAACCAAGCAGCAGCAGCAGAACCACAAGCACUCAUAUAGCUCAGCAAGCAGAACCUCUGGUGUUCCAGGAACGGGACAUGGUGUAUACCAACAAGAGAACACUUACGAGACCUACAACAACCAAAGCUUCCAAUGGAAUCAGUACUCCAAGACAAAUAAUUCUGCUGGUACAAAUGCUUACAGUAGUACUGCCUCAGAGAAACCAAAAAGAAAACAUGAGGAGAGCUAUAUAUACAAUUAUUCGUCAAGUGGCAAUGAGUUUGGGCAGGAGAGACCUACAUCAGGACGGGGGCGAUUUUCAAAAAGGAGGCAGAAUAUUAAUAAUGGAUAUGCUUCUGUUGAUUGUAAUGGAGAUAACAAGGAAACUGUGGCUGCAACUGCAGGAACAACUGUGCUUGCUGAUGUUGGAAGGGUUAAUGGUACUUCCGUGGAGAAAUUCAGAUCAGCAGUAAGUGGAAGAAGAGCUAAUGUCAUGAGGGAGAUAUUCCAACUUGACACCCGAGGUCUUCUCAUUGAGAAAGCCAAGGCAGCAAUCCGUGAAAAAUUACAAGAUUUGAAUAUUUCAGCAACAAGACAUAUUGCAGCCAAAGGGAAAGCAGAAAGAAAAAAUCACGUGGACCACGAUGUAAAGGGGAACGGCAUCCUCCCUCAUAAUCCAAGCCAUAAAUUCAAGAUAUGUAACUCAAAAGGUGCUGAUGUUGAAAAUCCAGCAACUGAUGAGAAUAAUCUGGAACAGAAGCGUGUGCCUGUGUCAAUUGAUGUCCCAGACCCAGACUUUUAUGAUUUUGAUAAAGAUCGCACAGAAAGAACUUUUGAUAAUGAUCAGGUGUGGGCUACAUAUGACAGCGAAGAUGGCAUGCCUCGUCUAUAUGCGAUGGUGCAGAAAGUUAUUUCAAGGAAGCCUUUCAGGAUCCGGAUGAGUUUUCUUAAUUCCAAGUCCAAUAUUGAACUGUCACCAAUUAACUGGGUUGCCUCGGGUUUCUCAAAGACGUGUGGUGAUUUCAGGGUUGGAAGAUACCAGAUUUUUGAAACAGUUAACAUCUUCUCCCAUAGAGUUAGCUGGAGCAAAGGCCCCCGGGGAAUUAUCAAGAUUGUUCCCAAGAAAGGUGAUACUUGGGCUUUGUACCGAAACUGGUCUUCUGAUUGGAAUGAGCUUACACCUGAUGAUGUGAUAUACAAGUAUGAGAUAGUAGAAGUGAUUGAUGAUUUCACUGAUGAGCAAGGUGUGACUGUCAUUCCAUUGCUGAAAGUUGCCGGUUUCAAAGCGGUCUUCCAUAGGCGCACAGACUCUGAUGUGGUUAGAAGGAUACCGAAGGAAGAGCUUUUCCGCUUCUCACAUAGGGUUCCUUCUCGACUGCUCACUGGGGAAGAAGGCAAUAAUGCUCCAAAAGGUUGCCAUGAAUUAGACCCUGCUGCUACUCCAGUUGACCUUCUUAAGGUUAUCACUGAGGUCAAGGAAGUUGCCACGACAGAAAUUUCUGAAUAGUACCCAUCAACCUGGAUCCCUAAAAAUGCCAUGCCAAAAAUGCACUAACUGGGUGAUGAUCCGCGUUAUUUGGCUCUUAGCUCUAUCAUGUGAUCUAACUUCUAGCUGAUGACUUGGACUAUGUUACCAGGGUAAACAGCUAAUGUUGAAAACUCCUGACCAUUAAUUUUUUAAGGCUUUUCUAUGUUUAAUUUUAUUUUAAUACGGUAUCGCAUAGAGGAAAAUAUAACCAGGGUGCCACUUAUGAUGAUGAGGCCAGUUGCCAAAGGCAUGGCAAUCCUCAUUGCUUGCUAAGAGGUGUCACUCUUCCUUACUUUGUAAGGUACGGUAGUUCUGCAUACGAGCUUACUAGACAGCUGCUGGGCUUCUCACUGUAUCCAGUCUGUAAUCUGUACUCAUUUACUUAAUAUGUUGUAUUUCCUUAAUCCAUAGUAUUCUUAGCUAUACCUUUUCAAAUUCAGUGAUUGUUGAACACUGGGGAGUGAUUCUGAAUGUUAAUCCCAUAUGUAGUUGUGGACUGUGGUACUGGUACCCUAAUUAUUUGCUCCAUGUCUCAAUACA